GAAAUGGCAGAGUUGCUUGAGCCAUCCGAGAAGAUGGCGACGAUCUCCCUACCUAGGAGAGGCUCAUCCUCCUCUUCGAAGACCGUGGAGGCUGAUGAGGAGAGUACCAGACAGGAAAGCAAGGAGCAAGACUUUUGGGAUGAGGCCACGGAGGCCUUGUACGACAUCUUCGAAACGGGAGGAGCGUCCGGCAGCACUUUGGGAAGAAAGUUCCGUCGUUCCGACGAGUCAGAUGGAAACCUCGUGCACAUACAUGCUCCUGCCCGGCCGUUGCUGUUUCGGCAGUUUCUGGAAAGCUUCGUCCGCAUGGCGCCGAUGCGCUUUCCCAAAGAGCAGGGCCUGGAGCAGCAGGUGCAGCGGCUCUUCAAGGAGCAGGUGGCUCCCUGCUUGAAGAUGGUCUCUGGAAGCAAGUCUGAGGGCGGAGGACUCAUCAGCAUGCUUGCCAACUUUCGUCGUCCAGCGAGCUCCGCCUUUGGGCUCUUCACACAGCCGGAGGUCAAGGAGGUGGUCUACGAGUUGGAGCCGAUGCUCUGGAAGAUCUUCGUAGAGCUGUCGGGAGAUGCUGGGGCCGCCGAGGAUCGCGAGAGCAGCGAAGUGCGGUGA